GCGUGCUGCGGGCGGCGUCGGAGUGUGGGACAGAGUUCAGAUUAGACUCACCGGUUGACCUUGUCGUCCGUUCGUGCGCCAACAGUACACACCGACCGGGGAAAAUAUGCCAGCGUCCAAUUUACCAGCUGUCCCUCUGCUGCCAAUGCCACCGAUGCCUGAAUUACCCAGCACGGGAUUCAGGAUAGGAAAAGAGCACCUGAUCGUCGCGGUGCCAGUGGCCGUGGUAGCAGCCGUCGGCGGUUUCCUAGUCAGCCGCUACCUGAGUGGCCGGAGCUGUAAGAAGGGCCUGGUCAACACGUCCGUUAGCAAAGACAGUCCCAAAGUGGUGCACAGCUUUGACAUGGAGGACAUCGGCACCAAGGCUGUCUACUGCCGCUGCUGGAAGUCCAAGAAGUUCCCAUACUGUGACGGCGCCCACACCAAACACAACGAGGAGACCGGAGACAACGUCGGACCGAUCAUCAUCAAGAAGAGGGAUGCCUAAGCCAGCCAAUCAGAGGGCUCUGUCCUCGCCACGCAGCCCCAGUUUGUCCAGCCGUCACUCAUUAGUGUCACCGUGUUGGUCACAGUGUGGCACUGCUAAUCAAACAAAACGGAUUUUUCCUCAGAGCCCAAUAGUGAACACUACAUUCAUUUCCAGCCAGAAUGUGGGAGUCAUGGAAGUCAAAGUGGAGUCAAACAUGGAAAGCGCUGUGAAUUUUGCUUUCCUACAUUCCACCCUGCUCUGCACCACUGACCUCACUUUAAAAUCAAAGGUCACUGGUGGAGAGAUAAGGAAGGGACUUUGACAGACAUCGAGGUAUUAUGGCUGGAAAAUUGAAUGUCGACCUGGCAGUUGGGUAGUUUGAUCAAAGUUCUUAGCAGAUGUGAGCUGCUAGGUUAAAGUUUCGGACCCUCAUGUCUGCUGAUAAUCUGUGUCCCCUCCUUCUUGACUUCUAGGUGUGGAGCAGGUGGUUGAGAAAUGAGACUGGCAGCUCUUUUUGCCUCCAGUCAGCCCAGGUUUUGAAUUUACAUGUACAAAGCUACCACACAAACAAACCCACAUGAAUGUUACACGUAUCGAUUGUUUUUGCACUAAGAGCUGCUCGGUCGGUCAGGAGAAGUCAAGGAUUGUCUUAAAUGAAAGAUGGGACAAACUGUAAUAAAGGCGCACAUGCCCAAAUCUGAGAACCAGUUUGAAACACUGUCAUAUACUGUUUGCAACGCGUCAGCUUUCUGAGGAAACUGUUGUGUUUAAUUCUGUGAGGUGUUCAAAAGUAAGCGCUUGCCUAUAAAGGAUAUAUUUUGCUUGUUCAUCAGAUUUAUUUUCUCUUGGCUGCGGUUUGUCUGACUCGAUGGUGGCUCAUUGCUCUGUAUAUUGUGAAUAAAACUCGUCUCGAGUGCUCUGA